AUGAGAUUUGAAUACAACCCUGUUAUUAUACGAUAUCAAAAUAAGACUGAAACUUUUGCUAGUUCAGGUAUCCAUUUAGUUAUUAAACCUGAAAAAUCAUCAAAAAAUGCCAACGAUCUUAAUUCAAUUAUUGAUGAAUUCUUCUUAACAAUAAAUCAUCUUCCCGAUUUAUCAAAAUUUCAAAUACUCAUCAGUGAAAAUUAUAUCCUGGGAACUGAUCAAAUACCUGAUCAAGUGAUAUGGCAUAGAGGUAAAUUGGAUAAAGUAUAUAAUUUACCAUUUGAUAAAAUUUCUGGAUUCAAUGUUUUCCCAUUUGAUUCAUUUAACCAUACAUCAUCAUCAUCAUCAUCACAGCAACAAAAAGUGAGUUUAAUAAAAAUACGAUGCAUUAAUAUUGAUAUUUCAAAUAUCACCACAAUGAGCCAAUUUGAUAUUGAUGAAGGUACAAAUGUUGGUGAUGAAAUCAAUAUUAUAUGUCAGCCAUUUAUUCUUACUAAUUCGUUUUUGUUUAAAAAAUUCAAAUGUCAAAGUAAUAUUAUUGGGAAAUUAUUUACAAAGGAUACCACUAUAGUUAAAAAUUUCCAUUAUUAUUGGCUAAGCGAUUUGAAAUAUUUAGAUGAUAUUCAUGGAGGAAUUGUAAUGACAAAGCCUAACGAGAAAAUAAUUGGAUUAGUGUUUGGUAAUCUAAGAAAACUCAAUGGUGAUGGAGAUCUCACUAUUAUUGUCCCUAUUGAAAAAGUUGUCGAAUUAAUAGGGUUGCCAAUUCCCACGAAUUCUCAUAAACCAUCGCUUUCUACUUCCCUAGCGUAUUCAUCAGUGACUCCGCCAACAACUAUCAGUUCAAGCUUGGAAAGUAGUGGAGACUAUGUGAUCCCAUUAUUGAUAACAGACUCUAGAGGUAAUAAUACAUGGGGAUCCUCAGUUUUGUUUCAAAAUAAUGUCCUAAUAACAAACCAACAUGUCAUUCAACCAUAUAUGGAUGAUAUCAAUAAUGGACAAUGUGUUGUGAAACCACAAACAACUUCUUUAUUCACACUUGGUAAAAAAGAUAAAAUAAUUAUACCCAUAUCAGGGAUUGAUUUAGCAUUUAUAUUCCUUGAUAAACCGAUCACCAGUAAAUCAAGACCAGUGAAAAUUUGUCAUCAAUAUAAUCAAGGAGAUGCAGUAUAUUCUUCAAGUUAUGGAUUAAUUUAUACUGGAUCAUCAGACAAUAUUCAAGAAGAACCAAUCAAAUCAAAUGGGAUAAUCAAUCAAAUAAUAAAACUAUCAAUUCAACAAAAUUUGAAACAAGUUAUGAAUUGUAUGUUGAUUAGUUCAAGUAAUUGUUGGAAUGGCAGUAGUGGGGGUGGAUUAUUCAAACAACAAACUAAUGAAUUCAUUGGUUUGAUUUGUUCUAAUGCCAAUGUUAAACUACCAUUACCAUUCAACAAUAAUGGUAAGGGUAAAGUUGAUAGAUUUGAAAAAGUUCCAUCAUUUUCAUUUAUUUUACCAAUACAAAUCAUUGAAUAUUGUUAUUAUAUGAUAUUGUGUAAUCAAGAUACAACCCAAAUAAAUCUUGAAGGGUUAAUUAAUCUUUGGAAUUUAAAAUCACUGCAUCAAGAUAUACUUUUAGAAUCAUCAAAAUUGUAA